ACCGGGGCAGAGACCACAAUUUUCGUAAGCUUUGUUUACGUUUACAGCAUAACGGCUGCGUGCAAACGACACACCGUGACAAAGCUGUGAUCAAACAAUUUCACUGUAUGGUGUAUAUAAAGCCGGCGACAAUUGACCGUACUGCAUCAUUCACAGUACUUAGUGCAACGUGCGAUCAUCUGCGCAGCAGCUCAGGACAGAGCCUAACCCGGUACUGCCGACGGCCAAAACAAAAUUUCAAAAAUCGGAAAUUCAACAUCCUCAAAGAUGAAGCUCCUAAUUGUGUCUUUUGCCCUGUUCGUUUUGGCUGUGGCACUCGUGUCCGCUCUGCCCGCCGUCAACGAUGAGUCAAUUCUCGGUGGCGACGUGUACGAGGCGGAAGUAGACAGCUUCAACCCACAAGACCCACAAGCCUUCCUGAAGCUGAAGAAGUUGAAGAAACUGCUCUUCCUGGGUUAGACCUCGUACCGCGGCACCGCCGUUGUCUGCGGAAUGUGCUGGAGAUGGAAAGAUCGUUCUAUCGCCAGUGCCUUCUCCACAAAGCCAUACAUUCAAAUCCCGCCAGCAGAAUUGCACCGCAAAACAUUCCAUUCUACGUCCAUUCUACGCUUGUAUACAUUGCAUACAUGCAUACAUUGUAGCAUACUAUCCAUUUCAUUGCAAGAUCAUCAUGAAGGGUCAGAUCUAGAGUCUGUUUUACUAUUUUUUAAACAAUUGCACCCACCUGUACGAGAAACGAAUUAUUUUUUAAAUAUAAUUGUACUUUUUUGUUGAUAGCGACUGCUUCGUAUUCUUCUUUACCCUCUAGGUUAUAAUUUUAUUUGCUCGAUUUUGUAAUGAAGAUCGUAGGGGAAAGUACAUAAAGACAACCGCUUUGGAGAAGAUGAUGCCCCAUUACUCAUAACAGGUGCACACUGCUAAUGAAAGAACUGGUAGAGAAAAUUUAAUGUCUUCUGAUGGCUAUUGCAACACACCACAUGUUAUAGUAUAUAGUUAUGGUUAGUUAUCAAUUU